AUGACAGGAUCAAAUCACUCGAGGCCAAGGGGUUAGGUAGAAAUAGAGUUAUGGCGAAAAAGGUGGAUCAGCCAGGGUAUGGCUUCAGAGUCGUAAAAUUUGGCUCCCAAUUUUAUGAAUUAAAUUGGCUGGGAUUUGAAAUUUCCUAAGGAAAAGUCUCUAGGGAAAAAAGUCGUUAUUCUAAGUCCUUUGCCUUAAGCAACCAAAAUCUUCAAACCUACUACUAUGAAGAGUUCUGAUGGUUCCAACCAUGCCCAAUCAAGUGACUAAGUCUCAGAGUGA